AUUGACACAUACAUUGUCAUCUUCUGAGUCGAUUUCUAAAUUGUGUCUUUUUGUGUAUUCAUAAUUUCAUACGAACUACUUUAAGAUAUUCCCAGUUUUCCAACAUUCGCUUAUAAAACCUAAAAAUGAGCUUUGAAACAUCAACGAACAACGGUAAUAAUAGACCCGAACGGAGAUACUAUGAUCGUUCUAAAUGUGAUGAUCUUCAUAUAUCGAGAACGGAUAUGAAUAUGUUGAUAAUGAAUUAUUUAGUUACAGAAGGUUUCAAGGAGGCAGCUUUGAAAUUUCAACAAGAGGCAGGCCUACAAGAACCAGCAUUGUGUAGCUCACUAGAUGAACGUAUCAUGAUCAGAGAGGCAGUCCAAAAUGGACGUAUCCCUGAAGCCAUUUCAAUGGUUAAUGCCCUACAUCCAGAAUUGUUGGACAAUGACAGAUACUUGUACUUUCAUUUACAGCAAUUGCAAUUGCUGGAAUUAAUUCGAGGCGGACGGGCAGAGGAAGCCCUUGCCUUCGCAAGUGCCACAUUAGCAGAAGCUGGAGCAAAUGACCGUAAUGCUCUCACUGAGCUAGAGAGAUCUCUUGCUUUGUUAGCUUUCCCAGACCCUCACACUUCACCAUUUGCUGACCUGUUGCUACCCUCUCAUAGUCAAAAGAUUGCAAGUGAACUUAAUGCAGCAAUACUUAAGAUGGAGAACCAAGAAUACACCAACCCAAAGUUGUGCAGUCUUUUACGGAUGAUACUCUGGUCCCAGAGUGAACUUGACAAACAUGGUGUCAAGUACCCAAAAAUGACAGACCUUGCGAAUGCUACUAUAGAACAGCCAAAAUGAAAUAAGUUUCGAAAGAAGAGUAAUAUGUUUAGGUGUGAUUGAAAAACUCUUUCAGAUUCAAAUGUAUGACAAAUAAAUCUAUAUCUUUUUUAGAAUAUAAAUCUUUCUGUCUUCUGCACUAGAUCAUUGAGAAAGAGUAUUCAACAUGAAGAAAGUUUAUCUUGUUUGCAAAGAUUAAAUUAACUAAAUGUGAUUGUACAUUGUAAAUAAUUAACAUUUCACAAGCAACCUUAAAAAUAAUUAGCUAUGACAUCUAUUUCAAAUUUUAUUUGUCUUGUUAAUUAUUUUAAAAGACAAGUAAUAGGUACAUAUAUUUUUUUUUGUUAUUUCAAUGUUUGACAAUUUUUUCUCCACAUAUCGCUUCAUGUGACAUUCUAUGUUUUUCAACUUAAAAUCAUCUAAAUUUAUAAUUCUAAAUAAAACAUGUAAAAUAAUAAGGAUAGCUAGAUUUAAAAAGUCAUUUAUUAAUCUCUCAGGUGUAAGAAAUUUUAAUAGUUAGUGUUUUCGUGAAUGUUGAAAGAUAUUUUAAAAGCAGUCUUAAAUAUUACAAAUUAAACUAAAAAAACGAUUAUUGAUUAAUUUACCAGGAGUAAGUAAAUAAUCUAGAAAAAAAUAACCUGUCACAUGGUUAAAGGUAUAUUAGCUUUGAUUAUUUUUUUUAUCUAGAGAGAGCAAUAAGUUUCGAUAGCAAUAAUCAAAACAAUUCAUAUAUAUUUAGUUAAAACGAAUAUAAUUAAAUAACUUUUAACCAAUUUAGUUACAUUUUUUAUCCAAUAUGAUCUAUAGGCUCAAUGGAUAACUAGAUUCAAUCAUUUUGUGAUAAUAAUAAAAAUAUUGUUCAAUAAAGUAAUCUAUUAUCAAUCUCGGCUCGGAAAUAUAAAGCUAAUAUCUGCAGUGUUUGCUGUUUUGCAAUUAUAAUUAAGUAAUCUAGAUUAAAUUAGGCAUGGCCUAAAUUACUAAAGUGUCAAAUUGAUGACAACAAAAUAUUUUAAAAUGACUUAAAUUAACAGUCACUUGGAAAUUUAAUAGUACAAAAACUACCUUUGAGUUAAAUUUACAAAUUAUUUAAUGCAUUUUUCCGUUUUGGAAAAAAUAAUUUAUAAUUUAAUUACUGAUGAUAAAUAUUACUCAAAAUAUUUUUAAUCAUCCUCCAAAAUCUUUACCAAUAGUAUAUUUGCAGGACCGAGUCAGAGUUCUGAAACUAAUUAUUGCCUGAUAUUCGUUUGACAUGUACGAAUACGGAAGCUCUAUCUAGAUAAAUAAAUUAAUGAAGCUUUUAAUAUUCAAUAAUAUAUCUUACAAUCGUAGACAAAAUCAUUUUUUGAACUUUGAUAAAUUUAUAAGUAUGUAAUAUGUUUACUAAUAUUUAAUUCCAAAUAUCACUGUUUUCUCACAGUCAAUAGGUAUGGUAGUCAACAAUUCAAUAUGUUUAUAUAUAGUACCUAUGUGAAGGAUGAAUGAGCCAGUUUUGUGUGAAUUUUUAAUAUUUCGUACAAUGCCAAUAAUUCUCUGAACAUAGUUGAUUGUGAAUUAAGAUUGCUUGUGUACUACAUACAAACUUAAUUAUACAGUUUUAUUAAAUUUAUGAUUAGACCUCAUAAGAAGAAAGUUUCAAAACCUCUAGAAUUUAAU